AUGGCUAUCGACGAUCUCGCCACCAUCGAUACCUCAAAGGAGAACUGGUCUAUUGUUGCAAAGGUGAACCGGUUGUGGCUUAGUCCGUGCUUAUAUGGCUCCAAGCUUCCAUUUUCCAUGGACAUGAUUCUUAUGAUGACAAGGAAGACUCUUAUAUACCGAUUUCAAUCUUUACUGAGUGAAGGACGUGUAUAUCAGAUUUUGUUUUUUGGUGUUGGUGAAAGUGGUCGUGAUUUCCGUUCAACCUCGCACCCAUUCAAGAUCAACUUUGAUAUUCAUACAUUUGAGCGCUUGGUUCCCAACAAGGCCAUCAACUUAAACCCUUACAAUUUUGUGCCAAUAUCUGAUAUAAUGUUUAAGGACCUUUAUACUGCUGGAACUGAGUUUGAGAAAGAUGGAACAAAGCAGAAAAGGAUUACUGUUGAACUUGACCAAGAUGGAGUUCGGGUUGAAUGCGCCUUUUUUGGAAAGUAUGUUGCUGAAGUCUUUGGUUAUUCUCUUUAUUGUUGA